GCGGCGGGAGGUAAGGGCGGCAAGGGCGGCCGCCGCCCCGCGCCCCGGCAGCCAUGCGGACCCUGCGGCCGCUGCUCGCCUCCGUGCUGCUCCUCGGCAUGGCACUGGCCCAGCGGCAAGUGACGGUGCAGGAGGGCCCUCUCUACCGCACGGAGGGCUCCCACAUCACGCUGUGGUGCAAGGUGAGCGGCUACCAGGGCCCAGCGGAGCAGAACUUCCAGUGGUCCAUCUACCUGCCCUCGGCCCCCGAGCGGGAGGUGCAGAUCGUCAGCACCGUGGACCCCUCGUUCCCCUACGCCAUCUACACGCAGCGCGUGCGCGGCCCACCGAGCUGCAGGAGCGCGACGCCGGCCAGUACGAGUGCCACACGCCCAACACCGACGAGAGGUACUUCGGCAGCUACAGCGCCAAGAUGAACCUCGUGGUGAUCCCGGACUCGCUGCGGGUGACGGCGAUCCCACAGACGCUGAACAAGGUGGAGCACGACUCCCUGGAGCUGAAGUGCGAGGUGUCCAAGAGCACAGCCCAGCACAGCCACGUCUCCAUCGCGUGGUACCGGCAGCGCGGCAGCGAGGUGCCCGUCGAGAUCAUCUCCCUGAGCCGUGACUUCGUGCUGCGGGCCGGCAGCGCCUACGCCCAGCGACAGGCCACGGGGGAUGUGCGCUUGGACAAGGUUGGGGAGACCACCUCCAAGCUCACCAUCUACAACCUGCACCCCUCAGACCAGGGCGAGUUUUACUGCGAGGCAGCGGAGUGGAUCCAGGACCCGGAUGGUUCUUGGUACGCCAUGACCCGCAAGCGCUCCCAGGGCGCCAUCAUCAACGUGCAAGCCACUGACAAGGAGUUCAGCGUGCGGCUGGAGACGGAGAAGCGGAUGUACAUCGUGGGCGAGCCGGUGGAGUUCCGCUGCAUCCUGGAGGCGCAGAACGUCCCCGACCGCUACUUCUCCAUCUCCUGGGCCUUCAACAGCUCCCUCAUCGCCAGCCUGGGCCCCAACGCUGUGCCGGUGCUCAACAACGAGUUUGCCCAGCGCGAGGCCCUGGGCCAGCUCAAGGUGGCCAAGGAAAGCGACAACGUUUUCGUGCUGAAGAUCUACCGGCUGCGCCUGGAGGACAGCGGCAAGUACAACUGCCGCGUGACCGAGCGGGAGAAGACCGUGACCGGAGACUUCAUCGACAAGGAGAGCAAGAGGCCAAAGAACAUCCCCAUCACUGUCAUGCCACUCAAGACCAGCAUCUCCUUGGAGAUAAUCAACAACGCCACCAAUGUCUUGGAGGGAGAGAGCCUGCGCUUUGGCUGCAACGUGCGCUCGGGCUUGGGGCCCCAGAGCCGCCUGUCGGUCGCGUGGCAGCUGGUGGACAAGCUGAACCGGCGCAGCGAAAUCGUGCGUCUGGACCGGGAGGGCACCCUGCACCCCGGGCCCGCCUACGCGGAGCGCAGCAGCUACGGGGGCAUCCAGGUGGAGCAGGUGCGCCCCGGCUCCUUCACCCUGGAGAUCUUCAACAGCAUCAAGGCGGACGAGGGCCACUAUGAGUGCCGGGUGGCCGAGUGGACGCGGACGCUGGAUGGGGAGUGGCAGAUGGUUGGGGAGCGGCACACGAGCACCCCGGUGUCCAUCACUGCUCUGGAGGCCGGGUUUGCCGUCACCGCCAUCUCCCGCACCCCAGGUGUCACCUACAACGAGUCCUUCGACCUGCAGUGCAUCAUCAAGCCCCACUACCCGUCCUGGGUGCCGGUGUCGGUGACUGACCAAGCUGCAGGUGAGCAAGUCGAAGCGCAGCAUCACCCUGGUGGAGAACCGGCCCAUCCUCCUGAACUGCUCGGUGAAGUCCCAGACCAGCCCCGACUCGCACUUUGCCGUGCUGUGGUACGUGCACAAGCCCUCGGACGCCGACGGGAAGCUCAUCCUGAAGACCACGCACAGCUCAGCCUUCGAGUACGGCACCUACGCGGAGGAGGAGGGGCUGCGGGGCCGGCUGCAGUUCGAGCGCUCGGCCUCGGGCGGGCUCUUCAGCCUGACGGUGCAGCGGGCUGAGGUGCGCGACAGCGGCAGCUACUACUGCCACGUGGAGGAGUGGCUGCUCAGCCCCAACCACGCCUGGUACAAGCUGGCAGAGGAGGUGUCGGGCCGCACCGAGGUCACCGUCAAGCAGCCAGAUAACCGCCUGCAGGUCAGCCAGAUGCACAAGAACCUGACGGUGCUGGAGAACGAGUGGGUGACCCUGGAGUGCCUGGUGAAGAACCGCAGCAGCCCCUCGUCCCAGCUCGCGGUGGAGUGGUCCGUGCGUCCGGGAUCAGCACCCUCACCGUCAGGCAGCCAGAUCCCACCCUGCAGGUGGACACAGCCACGGCCAACCUCACGGUGCAGGAGAAGGAGUCCUUCCCUCUGGACUGCAGCAUCCUGUCCCGCUCCAGCCCCGAGUCCCACUUCGCAGUGACGUGGUACAGCCUGCGGGCCAAGGAGGCGGGUGACCACACGGAGCAGGGGGAGGAGGAAGAGGAGGAGGAGGAGAGGGAGGCAGUGCUGAGUGUGGGCCCUGAUGCCAUCUUCAGCCCCGAGGCUGGCCGCUGGGAGGGCCGCCUGCGCUUCCAGAGGCUCUCGGCGGUGCUUUUCCGGCUGACGGUGCUGCAGGCCGGCGCUGCCGACACCGGCAACUACUCGUGCCGAGUGGAGGAGUGGCUGGCGGAUCCCAAUGGAGUCUGGUACCGGCUGGCCCAGGAGGAGUCGGGGAUGGUGGCUGUGCACGUGCAGGAUGCAGGCUCCACGCUGCAGUCUGUCAUCUGCUCCAAUGACGCCCUCUUCUACUUUGUGUUCUUCUACCCCUUCCCCAUCUUUGGCAUCUUGAUCAUCACCAUCCUCCUGGUGCGGUUCAAGAGCCGAAACUCCAGCAAGAACUCGGAGGGCAAGAAUGGGGUUCCCUUGCUGUGGAUCAAAGAGCCUCACCUCAACUACUCUCCCACUUGCCUAGAGCCACCAGUCCUCAGCAUCCACCCGGGAACCAUGGACUAGAGAGGCAGAAACACCUGUAGGGACGCACAGAGGGAGAGAAGUAGAGAUACACCGGGAGCCCUGAGGAGCACAGUGGGGUUUGUUGUUCUUGUUUCGUUUGUUUCAGUCUCUGUGCUCCGACACAGUGGCUGAGCUCUGCCCAGCUACCAGGAGCAGGAAGGUCCAAGGCUUCUUCCAGCACCUGUGGGAACAUACCCCCUCACCCCAGUGGACAGAGGCACUUGAUGUUCCUCUCGGACUAAUUUGACUCACAUCAGUUCCUCUCUUUUGGGCUGUUGCUUUUUUAUCAUUUAUUUUUUGGUCACUCAAAGAACUGUAGACUUUGCCUGCUCUCCACACAGUGUGGAGUUCCCAGGGGGUAUUUGGUCCUAGGAUGAUCUCUUUGGAAGUAAACGUAUAUGUUUUCCAAAACAGACUGUUUUUCCUUCUCAGACUCAGUGCCACAGUGAAGAUCUUUUCCCGAGGUGCACUGAGCUAACUCCUCCCUCUUCCAAAACAGACAAAGCCAGGUCUGUCCCCAGAGGGGUUAACUGGGCUGUCUGUCAAGAGGUUCAUUUCAAAAACUGGCUGUAGCCUCAGCAUCUUCUUGCCUCCACCUUAUUCCUUUUCUCAGGAGGGAGCAAUUCACUUUUUGGGAGUGUUCCCAGGUCUUGGAGAGACUGAAUAUUGAGCGUGCUUGCCGUCAGGACAAAAGCAGUUGAGUUUGUCUCACGGAACUGAAGGGGGGAAAGGAAGGACACCUGAAAGCCCUGACUGUGUUGUAGCAAAGAGCGUCCUUGUGUGGCCUCACCAGAGUCAUGCUCCUCCCUGGUGUCCAUGCUGCCACCUCAGAUGAGGCAGAUCUCCUCUGUGCCCCAGACAUUUGGGAAUGGGAGGCUUAAUCCAGUCUCUGAAGGCUUCAACAUGACCAAAGUAAAGACUCUAGGAAGGAGGAAAGGAGAAGCUCCACAGGUCACCUUCACAGUCCCUGGAUGGUUCAGCCAAGGAGCCCAGUAGCAAACAUGCCACGUAGUGGGGACGUGCAGUUAACCACCAUGUGUCACGAGUUUUCCUGUGGCUGCACUGCUCCCCAGAGUGAACCUGGACAAAGCAAGGGGCCUGCAGCCCAUCAGCACCCUGGGGAUUUCCCUGUCCCCUUGGCCAAGAGAAAUCUUCCCCCUGCGUAUAUGUGCAUCUGCCAUUUGUUUCUGAGACUUUAGGAAGAGAAUCCAUUUCUCCAUAAACUCCCCCUCCUGGCAAUGUCACCUGCUCUUGUAAGAGUCGCUGUGGCAGGAAAUGCUGUUCUUUCUGUGAAAGAUAUGCUCUUGUGAACCAAACCAGGGCUCUGGCCACGUGGGGCACCUGACCCCCUGCACCCCUAAUGCCAAGAACCCCUGCCCUGUCCUGUGGAGGAACCGCCUCCUCCCCUGUAAGCGUUCCGUCUGGCGGAAGAAAAUGUUUGCCAAAAAUGGCCUUUUGUUGUCUUCCUUGAUGUCUUCCUGGCAAAUCCGGCCAUUUCUUUUUUUGCAGCAUGGCUGAAGCCAAGCGGGGGCGGACGGGUGCAGCCACAAGAGCCCCCUGCCUCAUGUGUGAGAGGUGCCAUACCCACAGCCCUUGUCCUCUCCGGAGGGUCGGACUGCUCUUUGGGAGCAGAGGGGACCUCAGCAGAUGCUCUGUAGCACUAAGUCAGUAAGACCCUGAUGCCUUGAUAUUUCAGAGGUGGUGAAGCUUCAGGUAGGAGAUCUGCACUGUGAAGCCUUGCUCCUGUCUAGGAGAGGACCCACGUGGCUGCAGAUCAUCCUGUGCUAAGGUGUUUGAAGUUGGCCACCUCUGCACCUCCACCAGAACAGGACUGGUUUCUUCUGCUGCUGGGAAGCCCCAGUUUCACUCGCCCUCUGUGAAGUCUGCCUCCUGGAGAAGUGACUGCUUCCUGGCCCCAGCAUAUGCAUACAAUCACAUUCCUAUAUCUGUACGUAUCGCACACCCGCACACUUGUCUUCCCUUUCUGGCUAAGACGUCUGCAAAGAGAGGAGUGGGAUGAGAAGUGAAUGGAAAUGAAGAAUUGAGAUGCAAACAGCUGCAGCUGCAAGCCAGUGGAUAUUGUUUCCUGACUGUUCUAUCUCCUGUAUGUACUGUUCCCGGGCAGGAACCACGACUCACUUCAGCUUUAAGGAAGAAGAGAGAAUGAAGUCAGCGGGAGCCAUUCUGUCCUGGGAGAGCUCUGCUCUGCUCCUGAGCCACGCUCCUCCUCGCCAGCCUGUCUGCCCCAGAGCAGGGCUCUCCUGGAGGCCUGCCACACAGCCCAGCCUUUCCUGGCAAGUGGCUCCCACAGUGGUCCCUGAAUGUACCUUGCUGGUGACAUUUCUCCAUUGCUCUGGCAGUGUGUUGCCCAGUCUCAAACUUCUCUGAGUUUUUAUAAGGCAGCCUCUUCCUGUAAUGACUUUUGACACAAAGCUUGUCAAAGCACUCUCUCUGCAGUAACUGUCUGUAAUGAACCCAAGAAGAGAGACCCUAUCCAUGCAUGAUGUGGAAAAAUGUUUGGGAUUUUUAAAAAAAGAAAAAAGUGAAAAAAACCCAACAAAAACUUUGUACUAUGUUGCACUAAAACAUGUUUUAUACAACACACCCGAGAGCUGUAGUAAACUGUGUUGAAAUUGUGAA